ACUUUACCCAACUUAUAUCAAUGAACAAACUCAAAAACACCUUAUUAAGGUCAAAUAAAACUGCACAGCAACCUCUUUCGAAACUUUUAGAGGAAGAUGAUAACGCAGUAAAGCAGUCUUCUCCCGCCGUCCCACAGUUGAAGCUGUCAGCCUUGGCGGAGCAUGAGCGACUUCAGUAUUUCUCAUGGUGGAAGGAUCUUGACCCUUUCAAUAUUGGGGUACUAGAUAACAAAACUAUACUGAGAUUUCUACAAGGGUGUCAUAUCACCGACGAGGUUCUAGAGAAGAUAUUACGUUUAUUCGAUACUGCUACCGAUGGCUUGAAGGAAGAGCAAUUUUAUGCUAUGCUUAGACUGAUUGCUCAUGCUCAGAAUGGUCGCAGGGUCACUCCUGAGCUGGUUCACCUUGGAGCACCUGUUCCGCGGUUUGACGUUCACACCAUCGAUGCUCUUAUUAAAAAGCCGCAGCAAUCUUCGGCUGUGCCAUCUAAUGACAAUCAACCAUGGCCUACCACCGGAAUGAAUCACCAUCAGCCAAUUCCAAAUAACUCGGACCCUGCCUGGUGGGCUCAGCAGCAGCAACAACAACAGCAAGCCCAGCAACAACAAACCACUCCGCAAGAACCGUAUAUCCCACCGCCAAGAAUGGAGCGUUCAAACGCUCCUGGCCCGUUACCCUCCUUGCCAAACUCUGGCGGGUUUCCCCAACAGCAUAUCGGCUCCCGACCUUUAUCACAGUAUGGAUACAAUGGUUAUGUUAACCCGGCCGCGUCGCCGAAUAGCGUAUCGCCUCCCCAACCUCCGUUUACCAACGGCUCAGAUGGCGGUGCUUUGACGGGCUAUAUACCCUCAAAACGGUUUUCGGCUAUGAUGACGCCGUCCGAUGUAAAUUUUCUCGCAUUUAAUCCUCCGUCUGAUGGCUCUAUGCAGCAGCAGCAACAACAACCUUUCGGUAGUCUGUCCUCUUCGGCGUCGGGAUGGGUAGAUACGCAAAUGUCUUGGCAGGCUACUCCAACCCCACAGGAUGGGCAACCUUCUUGGCAUGCCAACGUAGGUGACCGUCGGUCAUGGGUGCCGGAGCUACCGCAAUAUAAUCAGCAGCCUCUUUGGGUCAAUCCUGAACCACCCACCAUGCUGCAGUUGGAUAUCGAAAAUAAACUCCCUCCAUCUACCGGUAAUCAAGCUGGAAAGACGGUUUAUUCUCAUGGAAGGUCGCGGUCUGUGCCUCAUGCGUCCACGAACUCGCCUCUCUUGACCGAGCUAAACGAGCCACUCAUGAUGAGUAAACCACACACAGCAUCAGAAUUAGACGAUAUGCAAGACAUGGACAGUCCCUUUUCUGGCUCUUCUGUAUCCAGGUCUCAGUCAAGACCACCCGUUACGCAAAGAGCUUCUAUGGACCCUGACUCGUUCCAAAAGCUGUUAACCAAGAUCGAUCGUGGAGAAUCACUGCUUCUUACUAAAGGACUUGAUUUUGACUCGGGAAAAUCUUUAAACCCAUUUAGACGAAGUGCUACCAUCUCACACAGCUCCAGGCGCAGAGUUUAUUCAAAUGAUGAAGACUCUGACUCCGAAGGCCCGUUUGCUGAUCAAGGUCAAUCAAGUCCUGUUCAGCGUAAUUCUAGAGUUCGCUCCGAAAGUCUUUUGAAGGCUUUUGACGAUGUUAUUCCUGAUAAUCUCAGUUUCAUUCACCCUAAUGCGCAACGCAACCAGUAUAACCUGUCGCCACCUCCUAUACCCAGUCAAUUAACUAAACCUAACAGUCUCAAAUACGCACGUAAUCGAACGGGAUGAAGUUUAAUUGUAUUAUUCUUCCCAUCAUAACCCGUAAUCGUUGUAAACAUUCCUUCACUACCCUUCCCAAUCUUUCAAAAAAAAAAAAAAAUACACAAUAAACCAAAAUGUAUUGCUUUGAUUUCAGCAUUUACCGUUCCAACCCAGAAUCUCGGAGAACCAAA